UAAACUGGGCCGCUCCUCCGUGACGCCUCAGAGCAAGGCAUCAACGACUCUGUCAGCACCGCGUAUCGAUCCCGAGUAUCAAUCCUGCUUAUCGAUCCCGGAGGGUUUGACGACCCAGGAGGGCUUAUGGUGGGGACAUCCGGUAGAAUGAUGAUGGAAUAUAUGGAGGAUAAGUUCGCACUGAAGAGCCAGGCCAUGAAGGGCGGCGAGUACUACCUGGGUCCCGGGGCCGCGCUGGACCAGGUCAUGGACGGCCUGGAGGCCGGCGUUCAGCAGUACUACAGCAAGGGGGCCGGCGAGCAGCAAGCCGGGCUGGAGCGGGCCUCGCCCUGCGGAGAUGUGAGCUCCUACUCCUCCAAACCGGAGGAUGAUCCCCUGCACCGGGAGAUGGGCAGGACGAUGGACAGCUGCUGCAUCAUGCGCGGAGGAUCCCCGGGGGCUCUGGGGGGCCCCGACAAGAUGGCGGACCUCGACGAUCUCGGAGACGGCAAGUGUGACAGUAACGUCUCGAGCAGCAAGAAGCGGCGGCACCGGACCACGUUCACGAGCGCGCAGCUGGAGGAGCUGGAGAAGGUGUUCCAGAAGACGCACUACCCAGACGUGUACGUCCGGGAACAGCUGGCGAUGAGGACGGAGCUGACUGAGGCCAGGGUGCAGGUUUGGUUUCAGAACAGGAGAGCGAAGUGGAGGAAACGAGAGCGUUACGGACAACUUCAGCAAGCCAAGACGCACUUCGCGACCACCUACGACCUGUCCGUGCUGCCCCGAGCAGACUCUUACGCACAGAUCCCCAGUAACCUGUGGGCAGGCGGUGGUCCGAGCGGGGGGGUGGUGCCGUCCCACUGCGUGCUCCCUCGCUCCUCUCCCCCCUGUGGCGUCUCCUCCUACCCCCCCCAUGCGCCUCCCCGCUCCUCCUCCUCCUCCUCCUCCUCGGCUGGCGGUGGUGGCGGCUGUGGCGGCAGCGGCGGCGGGGCCUCCGUGGACCACGGGGGCUACAUGGGCUUCCCCAACCAGCAGAACCAGUUCGGACACGUUUCCCUCAACAACUUCUUCAGCGCCGACUCCCUGCUGGGCCCCGCGUCCGGGGGGGGGCACCACGUGUUCGAGACCAAACCCGAGUUCGAGCGACGCUCGUCCAGCAUCGCCGUGCUGCGCAUGAAGGCCAAGGAGCACGCCGCCAACAUCUCCUGGGCCAUGUGACCGGGGGUUGGGCGCCGUCCCGGGAAUGCUUGGCAUGGGACAGGAACAAGAACUUGAGCGCGUUCCAUUUGGCUCAUCCCAGAGCUGGGGAAUUGCACAAUCUCGGUGGAUGAAAAACAAACAGAGAGGCAGAAACUUUGGCCCAGACAGAGAAGAGCGAGUCCACCAGAGCACAGACCACUUAGGAUCUCCAAAGGUCCCUGGUGUCGUUACCGCGCUGACGCUAUCAUUAAUGGGAUAAUUGUUGGAAGUUAUUUAGAAUAGUCUGAGUGUCCGUCUCCAUGAUAGACGCUGCCUUGGAAGUUUAAAAAAUGUCGCCCUACACAUUUCAUCCAUACCCCGGAUGUUGAGACCAACCUGAUGAUUCAAUAAACCCUGGCAUGUUGGGCUAGCAUGUUGCAUAGAUCGCUCUUCAGACUGGAGAUGUAUUUCAUUGAAAAAGAAAUCCGGCCAAAUUCUAAGGAUCCAAUCCAACUAUCGCUACAAACUUCAUUUGGAAGCAAAGAUAAGAUAAGAACAGAAAACAUUAACGUUUGAACUCACACCACGUGUUUUCUUAGCGGGAAAUUCCCACGAAUCCGAUGAACCGUUAACCUCUAAUAAACCUUUAAAUAUAUCACCUCGGGGAAAAAAAGCGAAACCAUGAAUAACGAAAAUAAUUCCGUCCAACAGUUAAAUCACACCGAUAGCACUCUCUAAUUUCUCUUUAUUUAAAGGCUUUGUUGUGAAACUUGGUCGUUCCGAAGCGUCUUGGCUCGAUCGUGAAUCCGAGGAGCCUGGACUCUUCAUCCUGUACCUCCGUGUGAGAACAAAGAUGUGCAGGAGAAACUGAGUCUGAGGGGGGCUGGCGGUAGGCCUAUACCCCGACCUCUGCUCCCUCCGUGGGUACCAUUGAGUCCUGGACCCGGGCCGCGGCAGACCCGGGUUCGAGGCGGGCUGAAACCGAACCCUAAUGUCUUUGUGCGCUGCAGCCGCGCUGUGCGGUAAUCGCCCGGGUCCUCAUCUGCUUCCAGUUACCCGGCGGAGCACGGCCGGGGUCACACUGUUACAAAUGUAUUGGAUGAAAGCAUAAUAAAUGGAUGUGGGGCUCGGUAUGUA